AUGGCAGAGUCUGUGGACUACAGAGCCCUGUGGGAAAGGGCAGAGGCAGAACGGAAAAAUGCAGAGGAAGAACGCAAGAAGGCAGAGGAAGAACGCGACUUAUCCAGGAUUCACACCCAACUAUCCACCUUCGUUGAAUUCAUCCGAGCUAGUCACGUUCAUCUUUCCCAGCCUCUUCGUGUGCAAACUGACUUGGAAAUUUGUACCAAAGGUCCGUUGACGGGCCCCAAAGGCCGUUCAUGCCCAACACUUCUACGCCCUUGGACCCAAUUCCAAGAGCUACAAGAAAAGGUGUAUACGAAAGUCCUUGACUUACUGGAGCCUGCAGAAAGGCCUUCGCCGCGUCUCUUUACGUCACUCGCGGGCCUAGAGAAUCUACAACAGGAACUCCAUCUUGGCCCUCUGUCCAGUGAAGAGGACCUGAGAAUCUAUAGCUCCCUGGCGGUCGAAAAUCAAGUACAUCGGAUUCUGGAAAAGCUCAAAUCAAUUCCAGCGUCGAGUGUGGUUUUCCCUCGCCUCGGUGGUAUCUCUUUUGAAAACCAUUCAAAUGCACUAAGCGAGCGCCGAGCGCCCCGUCGUUCUCAGUCUGGCUCGAACCUGACUCGGUCCAACACUGACGGUUUCUGUGUACACCAAAUUGUGGGCGGUCAGAGGGAACUUCUGACCACUAUGGAAUACAAAGCAGCCCACAAACUGACAUCCCAACAACUAUGCGCUGGUCUGCGUGAAAUGAAUUUAUGGGAAGAUGUGGUGCAGCAGACGAGGAUACCCAUCGACUGGGAAGACAAACUACAGUACAUUGCGAAGCUUCGAGUCGGAACCAUAGCGUCGCAGGCCCAUGAUGCCAUGCUCAAGGAUGGAAUGCCAACCAUGGUCGUGUCGACCGGGAUUGACCAGGUAUACUUUCAUAUCCCUGAAGACAGACCUGAGAUCUUGGAAUAUUUUCAUGCGCAGCCAAAUCUUGAUGUCGAGUCAAUCCGCCAGACUGAUUGGGCUUUGCAACCCGUCACUGUCAUUGGGCGAAUGCUCUCUCUAUGUCUCAUGAGCUUGACGUCACCACCUCGGAGUCAAGCAUGGCGCAAUAAGGCAAUGGAUGAGACCCACACCUGGAUGGUUGACGUGGAGGAGAUCCUCAAACACUUUUCAGAGGAUGAGCUGCGCUCCAAUCCAUCAGGAUCGGAGUAUUUCCCUUCUUCGCCGUUAGGCCCAUCACCUGGCUCUCAGGGCCCGAACCGUUCUGCACGUCGACAACCCCCGGAUCAAAGUCGGAAGCGCGCCCGGAGUCGACUCCUUUCUUCUCCUACUCCUGGCCCGGCGACCAGGUCGAAGAUUAAACGACCCACCCAAUCUUCUGGUCCCGGAUCUGGGGAGGCAAUUGACGGGACUGAGGCGAUGGACUAUUGUACGCAGCCCUGUCUUCUCGGUCUACGGGACCAGGGCAAACUAGACUUGGAAUGCCCCAACGUUGAGCGGCAUCGCUGUUCCCAACGUACACAGUGCCAUCUGAUCGACCGUUUUGACUUCCUGCAACGUUUGGAAAAGCAACUCGACGAGAGUCUUGAUCACUAUAUUACCCCUAACGAGAUUCUCGCCUCUGGCGCGGUUCUCUCACGGGUGAUUUUGAUGCCCUACGGCUAUACAUUCAUCGGCAAGGGCACACCGGAUGAACUCCAGGAUGACACACCCCGGGAAGCGGAGGUCUAUGGAGCACUUCGUUCCUGCCAGGGCUCAAAAAUACCAGUUUGCUUGGGCGCAAUUGAUCUACAACGUACCUUCUUCGUGCAUCCCCAAAUAUGCAUCAAGCAACUGCUGCUACUAUCCUGGGCAGGCAAGCCAACCGAUAUCACACAAAUUGCACCAGGCGAAGCACGGGAAUCCUACCGGCGAGCGCUAAAGGCAAUCAAAGAUAGAAUAAGUGGUUACAACUCGAUGCAUCCAGGUAACAUCUUGUGGAACUCUCGCAGGCGUUGUAUUCAAUUUGUCAAUUUUGAGUCACCGGAAUGUCGUCCCCGAAAAUCGCUACUGGCACCAAGUAGGCCACGAAGAAAGCCUCCGAUGGGGGAAAAAACACGAUCACCGAAGCGACGUCGCGUCUGCUAG